UGAUUGCGACUUCAAGGUCUAUGAGCUUUGACAAUUCUUUUGAAGUUUCUUCUUGCUGCUCUCUUGGCUCGACUUCCGAAUCAGCCCAUUAUCACAACCACUAUGAAUUGUAUGCUGAUUCAGCAAUACAGAUGUUACACUGGUGAAGGCUCAUAAAGCCUCUUGGUCUUUUUCCCUCUGUUUGGGGAGACUUGGAACACUAAUUGAAGACAUUAUGAUUAUCACUUUCAAUGUGCAGGCCACAGAUAUUAAAAAAUGUGAAUGAGGUGCUGACCUUAUGGAACUUCCAUAUUGUACCGUUAAGGUGCAUCGUUUAAUGUGCCUAGAGCUUAAGAAAUGCAUCGACAAAAUCUCGCAGAUAUUUUCAUCCAUUGAAUCUUCUCGACCAGGAUGCCAAUCAGGAAUGAAGGUUCUGUGCUCUUUACACCUUGCCAUGGAGAGAGCCAAUUCACUUAUUCUGCACUGUUCUGAGUCUAGUAAACUCUACUUGGCAAUCACAGGGUAUAAGAUUUUGUUGAGAUGUGAAAAAAUACGAAACACAUUGGAGUCAUGUUUAAGCCAAAUUCAAAAUAUGGUUCAUCCAGUUAUGGCUGCUCAGAUAUCAAGAAUUGUUGACGAUCUUAAGGCUGCAACUUUUACAUUGGAAUCCUCUGAAGACGAGGCUGGAAUCAUUUUACUCACAUUGAUCCAUCAGGAUAGAGCUGCAUCAGAUUCCGCUAAUAUAUCAGAACUCAAAGCUCUUAAACUGGCAGCUUUAAGGUUACAUAUUACCUCCCAAAUGGCUAUCUUAAUAGAGAAAAGGUCUCUUAGAAAGCUGUUAUCUAAGAACCAUGAUGCCGAUCCAAACAGGGAGAAAAUACUGAAAUACCUCUUGUAUCUUCUGAGCAAGUAUGGAAAAUCAAUUCGGGGAUACCAAACGGCGAGCAUUGUAUCUCAGCAUGACGACUCCCUUAGUCAGUCCAUUGAGCCAGUACCAAAUGUGGAAAAUUCAGGAGGGCGUUCUCAAGUUGAUGUGUUUGAUACACCCGAACCUCCUGAAGAAUUCAAAUGCCCUCUCUCUGCAAGACUGAUGUAUGAUCCUGUUAUAAUAGCUAACGGGCAAACAUUUGAAAGGGUGUGGAUAGAGAAGUGGUUCAAUGAGGGUCAUGAGACAUGUCCAAAAACUUGUGUUAAGCUUCAAGAUUUGUCAGUGACUCCAAAUUCUGCAAUAAAGGACACUAUUUCAAGGUGGUGCACAAAUCAAGGUAUCACUAUUCCGGAACCUUGUUCACAACCCACUUCUGGAGGCCGUUGCUUGCACAAGAUACCGUCUUCCAGUUCCAUUGCCAGCUUUGGUAGUUCUGUAAACGGUUUGUGCCUUCAAAUCAGCAACGUAUCACUUUGCUCUACAGAUACAUUUGAUUCAUUGGAUGCCUGUACUGAAGAUGAUGGUGGCCUAGGCAUUGAUCUCCUCCAGAGAAAUUCAGAUCCUUGCAAAUUUCAGUCUGACAUAAAUGCCCAUGGUGUAAAUUUAGCCCUUCUCUCCGAACUUGCAGCACUUCCAUGGUCAUCACAGUGCAAGGCAGUAGAAGAUGUAAAGAACCAAUUGAAAGACAACAACCAAGGAUCUCAUUCUAUGAUUUUUAGUAGUUACAUCAAACCUCUUAUUAGAUUUUUAAAGGAUGCUCGUGAACAGAAUGAUUCAAAGGCACGGAGAGAUGGUGCACAGUUGCUUUUGACUUUUUUGCGUGAAAUCAGAAGUGAAAUGCCACCCUUACAAGAAGAUGCAAUUUAUGAGCUGUCCUCACUUUUGGAUUCUGAAAUCACUGACGAAGCUCUUGCAAUUAUGGAAGUGGUGUCUAUCCAACAGCAUUGCAAGUCAACAAUUUUGAAAUUUGGUGUUCUUCCUUCCAUCCUAAUAAUCCUGGAGAUGCACAUCAGCAAAUAUCACCUGUUUGCUAUGAAAAUACUGUACAACUUGUCUGAAAACAGUGAUGUUGGGCACCAUAUGGUAUAUUUAGAUUACAUUUCCAAGAUGGCUCCAUUUUUGGGUGAUCGCGAUCUUACUGGAUACUGCAUCAAAAUUCUGAGAAACUUGUGCAAUAUUGAGGAGGGUAGGGACGCAGUUGCUAAAAGUAAUGUAUGCAUUGCUUUCAUGGAAGAACUUUUAGAAAGUGGCACUGAUGAGGAAAAAGAACUUGCUGUUGAUGUUAUGCUCUCUUUAUGCGAUCAAUGUGCCAAGUAUUGUCAAUUGAUCAUAAAAGAGAGAACUUUUCAGUCUAUAGAGAUUAUAUCUGUCAGCGGAAGUGCGAAAGGGAAGCUGAUGGCGAAAGAUUUGCUGCAGCUCUUGAGGGAUUUCACAGAUGGUCACCCUUCACAGGUUUCAAUUCCAGACAAUGGUUUCAAGCUUGGCAUUUCUCAAGACUCUGUCGAUCGUCUUAAACGAAAGAAGGCUGCCAAGGCAUCUGGAUUACUGGGAAGGGGAAUAUCAGUAUUGUCAAAAACCAGACAUUAGUGCUUAAAUGGCUCAUUUCAUGGAGUAAAACCGCCAACGCAGCAAGAAACGUGCUUAAUUGAUCCUUCUUGUGAUGAGUAGUGAGUUUUGACAUUGCACCAUUGCAUGAAUUUGUUCUUAAUGAUAGUGUUAGAUAUUAGUUCCCCAACUUGAUUGAAUCUAGCUGGAUUUGAAUCCGAUAGGAAUGUACAGUCUUUCUGCAAUUGUAAAUAGUAGCAAGUUUUUGUCCUAUGUAUUAGUUUUGGUCUUUCAAGUGUAGCUUCCCUUUCUCUAUUUCCCUCUAACCGAUUGUACAAAAAAAUUAAAAAUUAUAUAUUUAGUUUUGGGCUUUC